CCCAGCUUUGUGGCUGUGGAGACGUCGUUACAGGGGUUAAAAACAGACACGGACUACUUAAUAGAAAUAACAUGAAUGUGUGAAUAUCCUGGUGUGGGUCGUGCGGCGGUUUGUGGAGUUUGGAGCGGCGAGGAAAGCGUCGCAUUGAACUGGAAGCGGAGUUUUGUUUUAUUAUCCAGCGUAAAGGGAAGGCGUUAUGUGUCCCAAACCAAAGACUAAGUUAGGGCUAAAAUUUGAAAAUGUCAAUGGAUGAAUUUCAUACGAAAAGGAAAAUUUGGGAGGUGAGCGUUUGAGAGCUAAAUUAGCAGUAGCCUAGCGAGACAAGAAACCGGCUCGCGCAGAUGUGAUCAAAGAGGGGGCACAUUUACUGUAUCGCGAGCUGUCAGGGUUUUAUUUAAAUGUUCCAUGCAGUACUUUUACAAAGGAAAACCCCUCCGUCCGUAUUACUGUGAAGGAAAAAGGCAGCAAUUGUUCCCGUGGGUCGUUUUUCUGGUGACAUAAGCCCUCCACCAUGGAUCUGCUGGAGUGUCCGCUCUGUCUCUUCCUGCUGUGCGAGCCGGUGACCAUGUCGUGCGGCCACACGUUCUGCCGGAGAUGCGUGGGGGGUUACCUCCCGUCCAAAUGCCCGUCAUGCAAAGAGAAGUUUAAGCAGAGAGAGGUGAGAAGCACGAAGAACAACGUUUUACUCAUCAGCGUCGUGGAAAAGUGCUGCCCGGACGAGACGAAGAUGAAGUGCCAUAUACUGGAGAAGCUCAAAGCCGACGAGUUCGCGGAAGCUUUACGCAUCGCAAAUGAGGGGCUACACUUAGUCCCAGGUGACCAGAGUUUGAAGGUGUACAGAGCUGAAGCUAACUGUGGCCUGAUGCGUUUCUCUGAAGCUCUGACAGACCUCGACUACCUCUGCUGCCUUCGUCCUAACUGGACUGAGGGCUUCUUCCGCAAAGGGAAUGUACUGCUGGAAAUGGGUCAGCAGACAGAAGCCCUCAUGCAGUUCCACCGUUGCCUAAAUCUACAAGCUGACUUUGUUCCUGCAAAAAGCCAGAUCAAGAAGAUCCUGGAGGCAGAGGGCAUGGCAGUGCCGGACGAGGUGUCCUGCAUUUUGCAAGUGGUGUCCGAGUACCUGAGAGAGCCCUGCCCCAUUACCAGCCUCAGCAGCUCCCAGGGCCCCGAGGGCCUCAAGCAUCCACAUGGGGAUGAGGGAGAGGGAAAAGCAAGGAGAGAGGCACACCAGGUGAAGCAUGACUCAGGCACUGAGUGCUGCCUCAGCCUCUGCCAGGCUGUUUCCUUCCUCCCCGCUGCUGAAGAGGACGAAGAGAUGAUGAUGAGGAAGGACGAUGUGCAUGGCAGGGGUGAAAGUAGUCGCUGCAGAGAGAAAACUCUGGGUGUUCUCACUGUGUCAGACUUUGAGUGUCCUCUCUGCAUCAGGUUGUUUUUUGAGCCAGUCACCACCCCCUGUGGUCACACCUUCUGUAAAAACUGCAUAGAGAGGAGUCUGGACCACAACCUCCGCUGCCCACUCUGCAAACAGCCACUACAAGAGUACUUUAAAAACAGGAAGUAUAACCCCACGGUUCUGCUUCAGGGCAUCAUGACCCGGCUUUUCCCCUCACAGCUGACUGAGAGGAAACAGGUCCACGAUGCUGAGAUGGCUGAACUGUCCAAUCUUACUAAGGACAUCCCUAUAUUCGUCUGCACGGUGGCCUACCCUGGCGUGCCCUGCCCUCUGCACAUCUUCGAGCCUCGAUAUCGGCUGAUGAUGCGUCGCUGUAUGGAGACUGGCACCAAGAAGUUUGGCAUGUGCAGCUAUGAGCACGGCAAGGGGUUUGCAGACUACGGCUGCAUGUUGGAGAUCCUCACUCUGGAGCUGCUGCCUGAUGGACGGUCAUACGUGGACACAGUGGGCGGCAGCAGAUUCAGGGUGCUGAAGAGAGGGCAGAGGGAUGGCUACCACACGGCGGACAUAGAGUACCUGGAGGACCUCAAGGUUGAUGGUAGUGAGCUGGAGCUUUUGCAACACCUCCAUGACAGCGUGUACCAGCAGGCUCAGGACUGGUACCAGCGCCUUGGCAGCCGCAUUCGCGAGCAGAUCAACAGGCAGUACGGCACCAUGCCAGAUAAGGAGGAAAACAUUCAGGCCUCAUCCAACGGUCCAGCCUGGUGCUGGUGGCUGCUCUCUGUCCUCCAGCUGGACCCGGCCUAUCAAACCACCGUCCUGUCCCUGACCUCACUCAAAGACCGCUUGGGACACCUCCGCCUCGUCCUUGAGUAUUUCUCUCAGAGCUAGACCCCCCCCAGCAGAGUGGAACUGUGGCCACAACCAGCUGAGAGUAACAUAAUGUUGCACACACACAUACGAAUGGAGUGAAAUCAAAGAAUGCCCUCACACCGCAGAGGCUGGUUUUUGGCCUCUGAAACAUGGAGGGACUGUCUUAAAAAUCACAGCUCAAGGCCAAAUCAUCUGGCCAAUAGCAGAAAGAUGGUGAUUUUAUUACGAAACACAUGUUUGGUUUUGUUUCGUUUGGGUUUGCAUACGUUAUCUUUCUUACACCAUUUUCUUCCCUGGGAAUUCAAGGUUUCACAGUAGUUCCACUACACACUUUGUACUUGCUGCAACAGUAAGAACUACAGAGUUGACCAAAGAUGCUUCUUAUUUAGGUCCAUCAGAAGUGGUAAAUUAUUAUUUGUGGAUAAACAAAAUCAGUUAAUUUUCCUAAGAAUAGUGCCGCAAAUAGGCACUAGGUGUCACUGUUUCCUCUCCAAUUAUUAUUAAUAUGAAGACCAUGCAACAGAAUCAGCCAAGCUAGUACAGUAUACUGUACUGUCAUGAGUUGACUAUUCAAAUGAGACUCUGCAUCACUAUAGCUAAUAAGUUUGGAGUGAAAAUGAACAUUGAUAGCACACACAAUUUGUAUGGAGUUUUUUAGGACUAUGCAUCAGAGUUAUUUGGCUAUAGCUGAAGGGCACUUCUUGUAAUGCUUACAUUUCAGUUGCAUCUAUUGGCCUUAGCAGCCAUCAACUAUGGCUCAUUUUGUACGAUGGAAUAAUCUGAAAAGAUCCCUAUUUAGUAUUAGUAAAUAUUGCAAUAAUGAUUUAUAGUGUCACACGGAAUGGCCACAGCUGGAGGAUCAUUUUUUUACUGAAUGAAGCUGCUGAUGUUUUUGCUGUCUCUGGAUGCUGUUUGUUAUCAUCUAGCAGAGAAACAGCCCUGUGAAAUUAUGACAAUGAGGAGAUGCUGUCAGUGAAUGGGAGACGGAGGCGUGCCAGCUUUGUAUUACAGUAUGAACCUGUGUGAUUAUGUUUGUUGAUGGUCAAGCGUGGAUGCAGCACUGUAUGUUUGUAUGCCAGCUGUAAAUAGUAAUUUUUGUCAUUCGCCAUUAUAGUAAGCAGAUUUUUUUGAAUUACACAGGCGUGGUCAUGUCCGCUCCCUCGGGGUGCAGCGAAGCAUCAGUCCCAGGUGACAGUGUUUAACAUCUCUUGUGCAGGGAUAAGCUGUAAAAUCAUUUAGCUAGGGUCUGACCAGGGCUAAGUCUCCCCUGCUGUGCCUCUGUGGAGGCCUUAUCUGCUGCGUCUGGCCCCUACUGUGUCUCUCUGCCUGUCUGGCCCCUCUACCACCAGUCUUGGUGCCUUUGAGUGCCUGGGCCAGCUCACCAGGAGACCUGCGAGUCUUAGAGUCUCUCUACAGCACAUAGAGGAUGGACUGUGUGAUUUGCCAUUGAUUUUUAUUGAUAUAGUGCUACAUUCCAUGGAAUGUUGAAGCUGCAGUGUUGCGGAUAGUUAAUUCACUAACAAAUACGGGCUUGACUGGGUGAAACAAGAGAGCUUAUGUUUUGUUUUUCUACUUUGAUAAACGUGCCAUAGGUAUUUCUAUGUUCUGUGUUUUACGGGAAUAUUUAGCUAAAUAGCAGCUGUGUUUAUGUCUUUAUGUCACAGAUUAGUCUUUAACCCUCAUGCCUUUUGUCCGGUGGACGGUGAACUACCAUCUCUUCAUGGCCAACAUAUCUAUCACUUUGAACAGAGACACUCUUCUAGAUACAGUUUGUAUGUUAGGGAACUGUAGCCCUGCUCGUGUGAUAUUGUAGAUACAGCUUAGAUUAAAAGGCUUAAUCAUGAGACUUGAUACGCACAGAAAAGUCCCACGAAAGGACCAAUCAGUGGAUGGACUGAUGGACAGUGGGGCCGCAUUGGUUACCCAAUAAACAGGCACUGAACUCUGACCUGGGAACUAAUCAUUUACUUGAGGGCAAAAAAACACUGUUUUUACCAUUUCUUAGAAUGAGUUAAUCGACCUCAGUUAAUAUUGUGAAGUCUUUUGACGCCAUCUGGGAUUGAGUUUGGACUCAAAGACUCGAAUGUGCCAGUAAUCACAACAUGACUCCAAAGCUAGUGGUGUUGAAUUCACUGAAACAUGCACCACUUGGGUCAUUUUCUUGCUACCAGACAUGAUUAAAGCUCACUCAAAACAAAAAGGGACUGAGGUUCUUCUCGAAUCUCUGAACGACCUGCCUCAUUUGACUUUUUGGUACAUACGACCACUUCACUUGCACAAAAUCGUUUUCUCUGUUUUGUUUCUGAUGCCCAGCUGCAGUAUCUCACACGUGUUUCUCUGUUCUGCUAAUCCAAUCAUGCAUCUUUCUGUGUGUCACUUCUAUUACCCGAAGACGCCUCCUUUCGUGGAACAACAUGCUGAUGUGUGUUGAUCACAGCAGUUGGACUCAUAUUGGUUUACUCUGUUUAAAACUGCACCAGUGUGUGAUUUACUUCAUGAUAAAAUACUAAAUAUAUUUGCAGAAUAAACUAUUGCACCCUCAUAUUUUUGAUCCAACCAUGGGUUUAAUUUGCCUCUAAUCUUUUAAUAGGUUCACCUUCAGUGCUGCUAAUGCACCACAGCACAGUCAUGAUUUUUCAUCUAAUUUAGACUGCAGCUCUUGCCCCUGCAUACCCUGGCAGAUGUCCAUUAGCCAUAGCUGCAAUCUAAUUGGCUUGUCAGAAAAUGCUCUCUAACACAGUUUAAAUAAUUUGCACUGAAUCCACAUUGUCUCUUACACGGAACACAGAGCAUAAUAAGUGACCCGUUCUUGGCAGCGAUUGCCCGCGAGAGCGAGUCUUAACACUAGUUGGGAAAGGCUGUGAACGGCAGCGUGGUGGCUUGUUCCUGCUAUGUGCUGCAGCUUGCAGGAAAUAUUGGCUGAUGUUGUCUGGUGGUCAGUGGUCUGCGGGCUGUAUGUACUCCACACAUGCAUUGUUAUUCUCUGCACUCUGUGCUCAAAUGCCUCCAUGCUACACAGUACAUUUAAACCCACUGAAACUAAAACAAUUGCUGUCUGAAUAAUUUCUAUUCAUUCCUCCACCUCCAAGCCAAGAGCAGUAACUUAUCUUGAUCUUACUGUUGUUUAUUUGCUUGCCCCCCUGAAUGACUUUUUAAAUGUUAUUAUAAAUAAAGCUUUUGAA